AUGUUGCUGUCAUACCUAAAGUCUCAUAAGGAGAAAGUCAUUUUGAUGGCAGGUCUCACUAGCGCCGGAAAGACCACCAUCUUGAACAAGAUCCAUACUGAAGAAGUUUUGACUGAGAUCCUCACCUUUGAGAUGCUGAGCCAUCCCUAUACCAGCAUAGCGGCCUUUAAUGUUGGUGGUGAAAACAUUGAUGAAUGGAGGGAUGCUAGUGUGCUUUUAAUAGUCAACAAGAACAGUAUUCCUGAUGCGAUGACUAUUGCAUAA